CCAGUCCUGCGCAGGGACGGAGGCGGUGACGCUUCCAUGUCCGGACCGGAGUGAGAACUGUGCACUUCAGGCGUCAGCAGAGACCCGAGGGGGGGGGUACCUUUUGACCCGGCCGGACCGCAGUGAGAACCGCCGCGUUCGGAGGAGCCCGCCACGUGGAGGAGGAGCAGCGACGGCGGAGGAGGAGGAAAGGAAGGACGGGCCCUUUCGCGCUCCUUAAUCGCAACGUCUGAUCCUCUUUCUCUGCAGCAGCCCCUCGCGGGGCUUGGCGGGACUGGUCUGGACCGACUGCGAAACUCAGCAGUAAAGGUGGUCUUCUCUCCGCGUCUGCCAUCCAUUCCCAGAAUAAUGAGCAGGGUCAGCUAGUCAAGGUCUUUCUCUGCUCCGGGAUCCCUGUGUGGCUUUGCAGUUAAGAAUAAUAAAGCAUCCUCUGCCUGAUCAUGAACUAUUUGCAAAAGUGGCGUGCUUUUUUUUACCAACUUCGAAGAUCUAGUUCAGAAAACCUGGUUUUGUUAAAGACCGAGACAGACAUUAACAAGUAUAUGUAAAGGAUUAAGUUCAAAAGAGGAGGGGAGGAAUCCAACACAGCCAAGAAUGACCCAGUACAACUGGUCUGCAAAGUCUGUUCUCCUCAGCAUGUCAAACAGGUCUCUCAACGCCAGUGAAAUGCCAGAGGAGUGGGACGAGGGGACUCUGCUAGGCCUGAAGGUUUCACUUGCCGCCAUCUUGGCUGUGAUCACUCUGGCGACGAUGCUCUUCAAUAUGUUUGUGAUCAUCACAAUCAUUCUGACCAGGAAACUCCACACUCCUGCAAAUUACCUCAUUGGCUCUUUGGCCGCCACAGACCUUUUAGUGUCCAUCCUGGUCAUGCCAAUCAGCAUUGCUUACACCAUUAGCCACGAAUGGAACUUUGGCCAAAUCAUGUGCGACAUCUGGUUGUCCUCAGACAUCACCUGCUGCACGGCCUCCAUCUUGCACCUUUGCGUGAUUGCCUUGGACCGGUACUGGGCCAUCACAGAUGCUCUCGAAUAUACCAAGCGCCGGACUGCCAGCAGAGCCGCCUUGAUGAUCACUGUGGUUUGGGUCAUUUCCAUCUGCAUCUCCAUGCCGCCCCUUUUCUGGAGGCAGGCCAAAGCUCACGAAGAAAUGGUGCACUGCGUCGUGAAUACGGAUCAGAUCUCCUACACCAUUUACUCCACCUGCGGCGCCUUCUAUAUCCCAACGGUGCUGCUCAUCAUCCUCUAUGGUAGGAUUUAUGUGGCCGCUCGAUCCCGGAUUCUUAAGCCGCCAUCGCUGUAUGGGAAGCGAUUUACCACAGCCCACCUGAUCACUGGCUCAGCAGGCUCCUCCCUCUGCUCCAUCAGCUCAAACCUUCAGGAAGGGCAUUCUCAUUCCAGCAGCUCCCCGGUAUUCAUCAACCACGUAAGGAUCAAAGUCGCCGAUAGCGUCCUGGAGAGGAAACGGAUUUCGGCGGCCCGGGAAAGAAAAGCCACAAAAACUCUGGGGAUUAUUUUAGGGGCGUUCAUUUUCUGCUGGCUCCCGUUCUUUGUGGUGUCUUUAGUCCUGCCUAUCUGUCACAAAGCUUGCUGGUCCCAUCCCAUUCUGCUUGACAUUUUCACAUGGCUGGGCUACCUGAACUCACUGAUCAACCCUGUUAUAUAUACUGCCUUUAACGAAGACUUCAAACAGGCUUUUCAGAAAAUGAUUCGGUUUAAGAAGUGCUCCUAGUCCCAAAACUCCUUCUGGGUUUGACACCGCUGCCAGUGCAUAAACUGUACCCCCCUUGCACUCAUAGUUUCCUAUGGGGUAGGUGAUGGUGGUCUCAUUGACUCUAUUCAGCUGAUUAUAACUUGUCUUAAUGAGGCUUUUUGGCAACUUGCAUGCAGCCCCUCUAUUCUCCUCUCCGGCUGAACAAACUAGGAAGUAUUGCAUUAACAGAAUGGAAGUCUUCCAUUUCAUCUCAACCAGGAAACUAUGGUUAAUGUCUGCAGAACAAACCAGUAUGUAUGAUUUUGUGGUUUGAAGAUACCCUACAGUGCAGCCUUAUGCAGGAGUAAUACCCAUUAAUUUCAGUGGGGCUUAUUCCCACGUGAGCAGGUGUAGGAUUGCAGCCCUAGCUUGUUCUGAAGCCAUUGGCCAUAGUUUCCUGGUUCAGUUGAAACAGGAAACCAUAGUUAUUUUCAGGGUUACCUUGUCUGUUCAUCCUCUUGCAAAAGGAGGUGGAAAGGGGCUGCAUACACAAUGCUCAUCUAAAUCUUAUUAAGCAAAUGUGGUGGAGCAAACCAGUCUAUUGUUGCGUGUGACUUUUCACUGUCUUCUCUUUUGUUCUCUGUGAUAAAGAUAACUUUUAAGACUUACUAGUCUGUGCAUUGAAUACAUGUAUCUGCAAAACCAGGAGAAGAUUUCGAAACAAGCAGAAUGAAAUAAAUAAUGAGGGGUUGUCAUGAACUGUGUCACACAACACAAUCUUUUCAUUCUUGCUUUACUACAAGUUAACAAAUCUGUAUUAUUUGUCUCAGAUUUCU